AGAGGUGGUGGAAGAAAUCUCGUGGAUGCACAACUGCUAGUUUUUCUAUGUAUUCUAAAGUAAUACUCCUACGUAAUUAACCUAACCUACUCCUACGUAAUUUCUUACUAAGAACUAGAUGGAUCGAUGAUAAAUAAGUACGUAUUUGCAUUACCCCGAUCACUCUAUUCGUAUAAAGCUAAGAUCGGCUUCUAUCCCCGUGUCCUCCUCCCGAGUGCACGAUCACAGCGCACUACCUGAUCAAUAUCUUGGCGACUCUUCCCCAACGUGCCGACACGGAAGCAAAUUAGAAGCUGUAAAAGAAAUGGCUACAUUCUAGAGGCAUAUGCUUUCUCCGCUCGUGCUGCUUCAGCUCCUUCCCUUCCGGGAUCAAAACAAGUUUGGCCAGCACGGUGCAGGAAAAGGCGAAAAUAGUCCUUAACUAGUUUUCCGGUACUACCAAAAGUUUUUUACAAGGAACAACAUCUGACAAGAUAUCUACAACGAACAACAUAACUACAACGAUCAACCGACAAGAUGAUGAACGAUAAAAUGAUGAACGACAGGCAUACUCCUGGGCAGUGCGCCUCUGACAACUACUUCAGUGUGGAUUCCAACCUCCUACCGUCGGAUCCGAACAUAGCGAUCGCUGGCUUGUGGUUUCGACGCUACCCUUUUGUUCCUCGCAAUUACGAGGACUUAUACCCCACGAUCGGGUACACUCCUACCGCUACUGAUAAUAUUGCGAGGACGACGAGCACCGAGAACGAUGAGACUACUGGUUCUUGGAUGAUCACGAGAAGUAAUAGUACAAGUUCAAGUUCUUCUAGUAGUAAUAGUACAACAAGUGUUCCUAUGAUCACGGGAAGCAACACUUCUUCUUCUACUGUAGUACCAAACAAUAGUGCCGGGCAACUCGUCCUGCCACAAGUUAUGGCUCAAAAGAACCCAUCUCCACGUGAAUCCCGUUAUAAAGUACAGCGCUGGCAGUGAGUGGAAGAGUCUCGGGCUGCACUGAGGCAGGUACUUGGGCGAGUAUUUUAACGGGAUGCAUUCACGGAGUGGGUUAAGGGUAGCUCUAAGCGAAGUGACGAUCGUGAUAGUGUUGGGAGCCCCAUCAUGAAUCUUAUUGGUGAUAAUGUUGGGAACCACAUCAUGAACCUGAUUGGAACAGCUGACCUCGAACUUUUCUUUUUGUGGACGAAAAUACGAGGUCGUAAUAAUCUUCCGGCACAAGCCGCCGUAA